UUUGAAUUCAAGAGAAAUGAAACCUAAUUCAUCACUAAACGCGUACUUCAACAUCAAUACAUCCACGCCGCUGUUCUUUGGGGAAAAGCUGUAAAACUAUCUAAAAAUAUUUGAGUUGUGUUUCUGUCGAAGUAGCCCUUUUUACAGGAUAGAGGCUGAGAAUCUGUUCAUCUUUGAGAAGACUGCAAAAGAAAUGGCUGUAUCUGCAGCGUGUCAGUAUGAGGAUCAGUUCAUGUGUUCAGUCUGUUUGGAUCGGCUGAAGGAGCCGGUGACGAUUCCCUGUGGACACAGUUACUGUAUGAGCUGUAUUACUGACUGCUGGGAGCAGAAGGAGCAGGAGCCGCCGUACCACUGUCCCCAAUGCAGAGAGAGCUUCAGUCACAGACCUCUACUGAAGAAGAACACUCUGAUAGCUGAGAUGAUGGAGACGCUGCAGAAGACGUCUCUACAAACGGCUGCUGUGGAGUGUGAUGUUUGCACUACAGAGAAGAACAGAGCUGUAAAGUCCUGUCUGCAGUGCUUGGCCUCCUUCUGUCAAACUCACCUGCAGCUUCACUAUCAAUCUCCUGCGUUUAUGAAGCACAGACUAGUGGAAGCCUCCAGAAACAUUCAGGAGAACAUCUGCCUCAGUCAUGGGAAACCUCUAGAGAUUUACUGUCAGGAUGAUGGUCAAUGCAUUUGUUGCAUGUGUACUGAUAAUCAUAAAGGACACAGUGUGGUGUAUGUGGAUUCAGAAUGGGCUAGUAAAAAGGAAGAGAUAAAGGAGAUAAAUGUGGUGUGUCAAAAGCUGAUCCAGGAACGAGAGAGAGGUCAACGGCAAAUCAGUGAAGCUGUGAAGCUUCUUAAAAGUUCAGCACAAAAGGCCAUGGAGAACAUUGAGAAGGUCUUCACUGAGCUCAUCUGCUCUCUGGAGAAGAAACGCUCUGAGAUUAAAGAACAGAUCAGAGCUCAGGAGAAGACUGAGAUAGAUCGAGCCGAGGAACUUUACAAACAUCUGGAUCAAGAGCUGACAGAACUCAGAAAAAGACAAACAGAGAUUGAGACACUUCUGAUUACUGAUGAUCAGAUCCAUUGUAUGAAGAGCUGUCAGUCUGUGUGUGUUUUACCGACAUUUGAAGAUGUUCCCAGCAUCACUCAACACACUCAUCUGUCUUUUAAAAACAUUUCAAUCUCAGCGUUCAGUGAGGUUCUGGAGGACGUCUGUCAACAGCAAACAGCCAGAAUUUCUCGAGAAGUGUCAAAUGUCCAUGUUGCAAAGCCUCCAGAACCAAAGACCCAAAAUGAUUUUUUGCAGCAUUUCUGCCAACUUAACUUGGAUCCAAACACAGCACACAAAAAUCUCAAACUAUCAGAAAAGAACAGAAAAGCAUAUUCAUAUAAACUUCAGAAAUAUCCUGAUCACCCAGAGCGAUUCGAUGACUUUCGUUACAUCUUGUGUAAAGAGGGUUUGUACGGUUGCUGUUACUGGGAGGUUGAGUGCAGUGGGAAUGAAUGCGUUAUAGCAGUUUGUUACAAAGGAAUAAGUCGUAAAGGAAACAGUGAUGACUGUAGACUGGGCUUCAACAAAAAAUCAUGGAGAUUGUCCCGCUAUCAGCAGAAUUUCUGUUUCGUUCAUGAUAGUAAGCAAGCCUCAGUCCCUGCUGUCCCCUCCUCUAGAAUAGGAGUGUAUCUGGAUCACAGAGCAGGAACUUUGUCAUUCUACAGCAUCUCUGACACAAUGACUCUACUACACAGAGUCCAGACCACAUUCACUGAACCCCUCUACCCUGCAUUUGGGGUUGGACAUGGUUCAUUUAUCAGGAUAAUAGAGCAUGAGAAGUUCACAUUGACCAGUAAUAGACUGAUCCAAAAUAUAUGUGUAGGAUAUCAGAAUGAAUCAGGCUAAUUUAAGAUUCGAUCAGAACAUGGAAACAUGAGGAGCCGAAAUUCCACAGAGGCCCAAGGCAACAGGACGUCAUAAAUUAGAUCCCUAGCGCCAGCCCGUCUGAAGAAAGCCUAACCAGCAAGCCUCUUUCACAAAACAGCUUGGAACAUUAAGACAAAAGAAUACUUAUUAAUAAGUCCAACCAGGAAGGAGAUCAUCAAAUUUGGGGGCAAGUAAUCAAGAUUAAUGGCCAAAGAGACACACCGCGUGACCGUCACAUGUAAAUCUGUGAUAGAAAUCACGAGCUACAGACUUUCUUGGGCGGGUCGCCCCACCCAAGACACAGACCAGACUGAAAUUCCUUUGUUGCCUUAUGUUCUACACAGGACUACACAUAUGCACCUAAAAUCAUCUUAAAAGGACUUAUGAGCAGCUAAUCAUUUCUAUGCAUAACUCCAUAUCAUGUAUGUAACCCACACAAUUGACUAUCGUGUUAUAAUCACAUAUUGUGUAUGUCUUUUUAAUAACUAUUGAAUAGCUUAAGGAUUCAUAUUCGUGUUUGGUAUGUAUGAGUUUGAAAAAUCAUGCUUUAAACGUUUCUUCCAAUCAAUUCUUUGUCAAAUGUAUCAUAGUCUUGUUAUAGAAAUCAUGUCCAAAUUUAUGUUCUACAAGAGGGUUCGGACCAUGUGACUGACAAGAUAACAUGAUUUAUGGAUUUAUGGAAACAGUGAUACAGUGGGGCAAAAAAGUAUUUAGUCAGCCACCAAUUGUGCAAGUUCUCCCACUUAAAAAGAUGAGAGAGGCCUGUAAUUUUCAUCAUAGGUAUACCUCAACUAUGAGAGACAAAAUGAGAAAAAAAAAUCCAGAAAAUCACAUUGUAGGAUUUUUAAAGAAUUAAUUGGUAAAUUCCUCGGUAAAAUAAGUAUUUGGUCACCUACAAACAAGCAAGAUUUCUGGCUCUCACAGACCUGUAACUUCUUCUUUAAGAGGCUCCUCUGUCCUCCACUCGUUACCUGUAUUAAUGGCAUCUGUUUGAACUUGUUAUCAGUAUAAAAGACACAUGUCCACAACCUCAAAUAGUCCAACUCCAAACUCCACCAUGGCCAAGACCAAAGAGCUGUCAAAGGACACCAGAAACAAAAUUGUAGACCUGCACCAGGCUGGGAAGACUGAAUCUGCAAUAGGUAAGCAGCUUGGUGUGAAGAAAUCAACUGUGGGAGCAAUUAUUAGAAAAUGGAAGACAUACAAGACCACUGAUAAUCUCCCUCAAUCUGGGGCUCCACGCAAGAUCUCACCCCGUGGGGUCAAAAUGAUCACAAGAACUGUGAGCAAAAAUCCCAGAACCACACGGGGGGACCUAGUGAAUGACCUGCAGAGAGCUGGGACCAAAGUAACAAAGGCCUCAAAUCCUGCAGUGCCAGACGUGUCCCCCUGCUUAAGCCAGUACAUGUCCGGGCCCGUCUGAAGUUUGCUAGAGAGCAUUUGGAUGAUCCAGAAGAGGAUUGGGAGAAUGUCAUAUGGUCAGAUGAAACCAAAAUAGAACUUUUUGGUAAAAACUCAACUUGUCGUGUUUGGAGGAGAAAGAAUGCUGAGUUGCAUCCAAAGAACACCAUACCUACUGUGAAGCAUGGGGGUGGAAACAUCAUGCUUUGGGGCUGUUUUUCUGAAAAGGGACCAGGACGACUGAUCCGUGUAAACGAAAGAAUGAGUGGGGCCAUGUAUCGUGAGAUUUUGAGUGAAAACCUCCUUCCAUCAGCAAGGGCAUUGAAGAUGAAACGUGGCUGGGUCUUUCAGCAUGACAAUGAUCCCAAACACACCGCCCGAGCAACGAAGGAGUGGCUUCGUAAGAAGCAUUUCAAGGUCCUGGAGUGGCCUAGCCAGUCUCCAGAUCUCAACCCCAUCGAAAAUCUUUGGGGGGAGUUGAAAGUCCGUGUUGCCCAGCGACAGCCCCAAAACAUUACUGCUCUAGAGGAGAUCUGCAUGGAGGAAUGGGCCAAAAUACCAGCAACAAGACUUACAGAAAACGUUUGACCUCUGUCAUUGCCAACAAAGGGUAUAUAACAAAGUAUUGAGAUGAAAUUUUGUUAUUGACCAAAUACUUAUUUUCCACCAUAAUUUGGAAAUAAAUUCUUUAAAAAUCCUACAAUGUGAUUUUCUGGAUUUUUUUUUCUCAUUUUGUCUCUCAUAGUUGAGGUAUACCUAUGAUGUAAAUUACAGGCCUCUCUCAUCUUUUUAAGUGGGAGAACUUGCACAAUUGGUGGCUGACUAAAUACUUUUUUGCCCCACUGUAACUGUAAACUUGGCUUGGACAAAAUAUCAUGGAGAUUGUAUGCAUGUAAAAAAAAAACAGGUCCGUAUGCCUCCUGUCUCUAGAAUAGGAGUGUAUCUGGAUCACAGAGCAGGAACUCUGUGCUUCUACAGGAUUUCUGACACAAUGACUCUACUACACAGAGUCCAGACCUCAUUCACUGAACCACUCUACCCUGCAUUUUUUGCUGUGUUGGGUUCAUCUGUCAGGAUCAUAGAGCAGAGGGAGGUUAGAAAACACCAAAUGUAAAAACAGAAUUUAUGACAAGUUAUACCAUAAAUCAUCUCAACACAUUUAUUGAAUGGUUUUGCUCUCAUUAAUCUUGACUUGAUCUGAAAAUCAACAUUGUAUGAUUUAUUCCAUCCCAUCAGUUUUGAGGUUAAAUUGUCUUCCAUUAUGAUAAUGACCUGUAGAUUUAUUUAAUUUUGGAUACUAAAUUUUAACAUGGGAUUUGUAGUGGGAAGACAAUGACAGAACUUUUUUUUUUUUUUUUUCUGGAAAGACGUUUCAUCAGCUGAACAAUUGGUAUGUUUUAAGUCACUGUUUUAAUUUCUGUCAAAAAUGACAUAUUUUACCAUGACAUUCUUGACAUUCAAUGUUUAAUGACAUUCUUUGACGGACUGGGUGAAAGUUGCAAGCGAUCUGUAAAUCUAUUAAUUUGUAUUUUUUUUACAGACGGGUAAUAUUCGUAUGGAAGCCCCUUAAAAUAAAUAAAUAAACAAAUAAAAAGGUAAUUUCUUUAAUGCAAUUACGAGUUGUAAUUGCAUUAAACAGAUUGCUGUUCAUAGACUUCAGUUCAGCAUUCAACACUAUCAUCCCAAAUCAGCUCAUUCAUAAAUUGGCCCAGCUGGGGCUCAGCACGUCGCUGUGCAACUGGCUGUUGGACUUUCUGACCGGGAGACCUCAGGCAGUAUGGGUCGGCAGUAACACAUCCAGCACCAUCACACUGAACACAGGG